AUGGAGUCCAGGGUCGAGCUCGGUAGCAGUGCCAAUGUUGAUUACGAGAUGAAACUAGAGAACACUCAUAGACCCGUUUACAAGAAUAUGGGGUUCUUGGUCGCCGUGGGAUUAGUAAUGGCUGGUUGUAUUGCGGCAGCCGUGUCAAUCCCGUUUUCUUCAAACAACGGUGUCAACAUCGCUGGCGAAUCGACUACCCAAACUAUGUCUCGCUCCAAGCGACAGGUUACAGAGAAAUCAAUUACAACCAUCAACACUGGAUUAUUCGGCGCAGUCGCCAAUUACGAUGAGCGCAGAGGGUUAUUUGUCGACGCACUCAGGGACGAGAAUGAGCUGUGGUAUGGAAAAGACGUCGAGCUCUUGCUAUCUGAUAAAGAAUGGACCACGCGGUAUCCGUACGCCUACUUCUUCAACAAAGAGGAAAUGAAAAUGAGAGAAAACGGCGAGGAUGUUCCCAGUCUAUGCCCUACUAAAACAAUUGGGGCGCUUCUUCAGCUUGUCAACAUGGAGAGUUGCAAAGACAAGUUCAACGCGGCCAUCGAUAUGACUGGCAAGGGAUAUGAAGACCUGGUGGAUGAUCUAUUUACACUUUUGGAAUGCUGGGAAGUGGAGGCUCCGGUGAUGUUUGAUUCCAUUUACAAUGACAAGUCAUGUUAUGGAUGUCUUAUCAACGCUGGAUCAUCUGGAAAUAUCAAGAGGAUGGCAAACUGUAUGAGGGGCAGCACCAAACGCUUGCCUAACGAUCAAGCCUUCGAGUCUUUCUUGUACGGUUUGGCCUUGUGGUCUAAGGUACCCCUCACUAACAACGAGGGCAACACCUUGGAAUGGGCUGUGGUUCCCCGGGCAUAUAUAUCUGCUGAGUACGAAGUGGAUGGGGUGAAGGGGGGCAUUGUAUGUACACAUGUCGCUGUCGAGGGCAAAGAACAACAAACACAGUUUGAAACGAUUACGAACCAUGUCGCAGCACGUGAAGCGGAGGGAGUAACUGAAUGGUUGUUGGCAGGUGAUUUGAACUGUGGGCCCAAAAGCGCCGCAGUAUCGCACAAAACCCUAACACUGAUGACACCAAUGGAGUUACCUCCUCUGACAAGCUUAUUGAGCUAG